CCUAUCACAGCUGUUUUUAUCCCACGCGAUAUAGAUGUUUCUGUUAUCAAUCGCACAUAUUACUUAAUUAAAAUGUUGAAACAAACUAAAAAUAACGCUUUUCUUAGUAUAUUUCGUUUAUACACAUCGGUGGCGGCAACGGCAAUUAAACCACAAACAGUUGCAGCACCUGCCAAAAAGCAAAAACCAUUAAUCAGUUGUAAGCGCACGCAAUUUAAUUUAUAUGUACCCGCACCGGUAGAUAGUGAAUUUGGCACAAUACCGCUAGCUGCCAGUGGUUGGAAGCAUUACAAAUCGAAAGAUGACUUUAUGAUAUUUAAUGCUACCUUAAGUAAGGCAGCUAUACAAGCUGAGAUGCAAAAUAUAGCAGAAUUUCUCAGCACAAAUAAUAUUAGUUUGAACGAAAAGCUGUUGGAGAAUCUCAAAAAUGAUUUCAAUAUAAACGCAUUUACCAACAUACAAACCAAAGCUAUACCGAAAGUUUACGAUAGUCAUCAUGUAUUGAUUGCGGCCGAGACUGGUUGUGGCAAGACACUUGCAUAUAUGCUGCCUAUCUUACAACAGGUUAUUGAACGAAAGCAAGCAUGGAAUUCAACGCAACCGGAGAAAAGCAAACGAAAGUUCAAUACGCCAUUGGCGAUCAUCAUAACACCGGGUCGUGAAUUGGCAGCACAAAUAGGCACUGUAGCUGAAAAACUUUGCCAGCAAACAGAUGUGCAAAUAAAAACAAUACUUGGUGGAAACACAAAACGCUUAAUGGUCAAUCCAGAAUUCGCUGAUGUUGACGUGAUAGUCGCCACUGUAGGUGCGCUCAGUAAGCUUGUAACCACCGGUAUAUAUCGCAUGGAAGAAGUACGACAUGUUGUGCUAGAUGAAGCAGAUACAUUGUUAGAUGAUAGUUUCUCCGACAAACUGGGAUAUUUUCUGAGACGCUUUCCGUUUCACAAAAAUCACACGCAGGAUGAACACACUGUCGGUACCCAACUAAUACUGGCAUCUGCCACAAUGCCUACGAAUACCGAGGAAAUAUUACAAAAAGUGAUAGAUGUACAAACGCUGCACGAAGUCGCAAGCCCAAAUUUACACAAAUUGAUGCCACAUGUAGAGCAACGAUUUAUGCGAAUUUCGAAGCAAAGCCGUCCCAGCAAUUUGCUAAAUUUAGUCAAAAAAGAUAUCGCUAAAAAACAACCCGUCAUAGUGUUCAGCAAUAGAUCGGCCACAAGUGAUUUUGUCGAUAUAUUUCUCAAUAAUAAUGGUGUGCGAAGUGUGAAUUUAAACGGAGAUAUGCUUAUGAAAAUACGUAUUGGACGCUUUGAGCAAUUCCAAGAUGGCAAAUAUGAUGUGCUGUCGACAACGGAUAUUGGCAGCCGUGGUCUAGACACUACAAGCGCACGACAUGUAAUCAAUUUCGAUUUUCCGCUGCACGUCUCUGAUUAUAUACAUCGCUGUGGACGCAUUGGACGUGUAGGAAAUUUGACACAAUCCUUAGUUACAAAUUUCAUAUCGUCACGUCGCGAAGUGGAAGUAGUGCAGAAAAUUGAACACGCGGCUCGUACGGGCGGUCUGUUACCGAACGUGAAUGCGAACAUAAAAAAUAUUAUAAAUAAACGAAUAUUGAAGGAUAUGCAAGCGGCGGGCAUAGCAACGCCAGAGGAGGAAGCCUUCUAAUAUUAAAAUAUCAUUUUACUAGUCUUCGAGCGUAAAGUUUUGUUUUUAAUAAUUAAGUGUCUUAAGAAAAUACAUUACUUAGUAAUAAAUAUAAUAUUUAUAUUCUUA